GUGACAGACUGACGUGAUGCACUGAUUGCUUCUGCCAAGAUCUGUGGAGGCUCCCUCAUGGGUGCCGGACUGGGAUUGUAGUCCUAGGACGAGGCGGCCUCCUUCCAAGCAAAGCAAUGCGGCUGCCCAGUGGAGAACGUGCAGGAUGCAUCUCGAUGAGGUCUGAAACAAGCAGAGCAAAAGAGAUCAAAGCUGGCUGUCAACGGAGCUACCGUACCCACAUUGCUGUUUCGUCCAGUCUAAGACAUUUGAACUUGAAGCGUGUCGUGUCGAAGCUUCUGCAGCAACGCAUAGCCAUUGCAUGAUUUCUUCAGCCGCCGAGAGGGCAAGAAGACCAAUCAGCAUCUCAUUUUUUGUCGGCCAGCAUUGCCGCGAACUUUCUUUGUUGAUCGGCGCAGGUUAUUGAAACCCCUGCAAAUGCAAGGGAGCAUGCGUGGUGCUCUAGCCAGGGUCGCGUGUAACACCUGGCGACAGGUGGCGGAGUGACAGCAGGCAGGGACUGGGGGCGGCGCACGAUGUCGGCGCUGUGGCACCAUGAGCAGCACCGGCUGGGUUUGGCUGCGGUUGGGUUUGAGCACGAGGGGGUCAGGAUGUCGAAGUCUGCGCCUUGCUCCCCGAUGAAAGCACAGAGCCGACCUCACGAUUCUUUGGGGGGGUUGCUGGCAGGGUUUGAGGCGAACGGGGGUGCUGUGAGGGAGACAAACGACUUUCACGUCAUGCAUAAGGUGCCAAUGGGGGAUUCGCCUUAUGUCAGAGCGAAGCAUGUGCAGCUGGUCGACAAGGACCCCGAGAAAGCGAUCGCCCUCUUUUGGAAGGCAAUCAACGCCAACGAUCGCGUCGACUCCGCGCUCAAGGACAUGGCCAUUGUGAUGAAGCAGCAGGGGCGCUCCGAGGAGGCCAUCGAGGCGAUCAAGUCGCUGCGCAUUAAGUGCUCCGAGGCCGCGCAAGAGUCGCUCGACAACGUCCUCUUGGACCUGUACAAGCGAUGCGGCCGCUUGGACGACCAGAUCGAGCUGCUGAAGCACAAGCUGAACCUGAUUCACCAGGGGCUUGCCUUCAAUGGUAAGCGCACCAAGACCGCGCGCAGCCAGGGCAAGAAGUUCCAGGUGUCGAUCGAACAGGAGGCCACGCGUCUGCUGGGAAACCUGGGCUGGGCUUACAUGCAGCAGAACAACUUCCUCGCAGCUGAGGCGGUGUACAGGAAAGCCCUGAGCAUUGAGCCCGACAACAACAAGAUGUGCAACCUCGGGAUCUGCCUCAUGAAGCAAGCCCGCAUCGACGAGGCGCGCGCGAUCCUGAACAACGUGACCCCCGCCGGCGAGGGCAAGUGGGGCAGCGAGAGCCACCAGAAGAGCUUCGAGCGGGCCCAGGAGAUGCUGCGCGAGAUCGAGGCGACUCAGGCGGGGCAGUCUGCCAACGACGCCGAGGCCAAGAACAGGGCCUCCUGGUUUGCGGCGCGCGCGCCCACUCUAGUUCAACUCCAGCAGCGCAAGAACGCGCAGCCCGAGCUGCAGAGCGUGGCCGACGCGCUGCGGGCAAUCCUCUCGGACCCCGGGUUUGCGGGUGGGUUAAGCGCCAAACCGGUAGCGUACUCCCAGUCUGGGCUUAACCCUCAACCCGGGUUCAACCCCAAACCGGUGGAUGUUGAGGAAGAACUCCUGAGCCUGCUGCCCCCCUCGCGGACCGUCACCCCCCCGGUGUUCGCCCUUCCCGAAGACUUGACUUCGCCCCCCGAGGGGGAGCGCCCGGCGUCAGGUGGCGAGCACCCGUUCGCCGCCCCGGUGCCACGUCAGCCGGGCCUGAGCCACCGCCAGGUGGCGCCGCAACAGCAGCCGGGUUUCCAGGCCCGGCCAAUGAGCGCCCCUCUGCAGCGUCAGAACCAGCCCUGGCGUCAGUCCGUGGCAAACCCCCCGCAGAAACCGAAGCCGAACUCGGGUUUCUCCUACGCUGCCCCGCCGUUUGUUCCUCACCAGAAGGCGGGGGGGCCCAUGUCAUGGGGGCCGGAGAGGCAGCCUUUGCUACCCCCCCCGAACGAGCACCGGUGCUUUAACGGCCCGCAUCCAAUGGGCCCGCCACCCCCGCAGAAGCCCCUCAACCGGGCGGCUGUUCACACCAGCCCGUUGCGCCCGCCCACCUCCAAUGUAAACGCGCCCCCAAACCUCUCCGGACAGACCGCAUUCCCACAGACUGCCCACCGCUAUGCGCAGAACGUGAACAGGCCACAGGCUCAAGGGAUAAACGGCCCCCAGCUGCACAGUGUGAACAGGUCCCAGGGUGUAAAUGGGCCCCAGGUUCAGAACGCGAACCGACCCCCCCAUGAGAAGAGCCCGGCCGCGAAGGCGCUAUUCGCACAGCCCCCAAGCAACCAGCGCUACGGCCCACCGACAGCAGGUGUGAAAACCCCCCAGCCAGCAGUAGACAGGUACGGCCCUCCCCCAAAACAAACCGAGACCGUCCAACCGAAACCAGCACAGCCAGAACGGGCAAUUUCCGCGCCAGUUCACGUUAACGGGGGGUCCGGUACGGAGGAAAAUCUUCUGCGGGCGACGUCAGCCCCCGAGCAGACUAUUGAGCCAUUGUCUAUGCCGCAGCCGAUCCGCAGCGUGUUGGGGCCCCGGUUCUCCCGGGAGGGCUCGCGCGAGCACCUCGGGGGGGUGACACGUGUCAGCUCCCCGUCGAAGGUCAACUCUCCGCGGCGCAGCUUCGAGCGGCUGCCGAGUUCUCAGCCGGAGAGGGCAGCAGGGACUCGCUCGGCCCUGUACCAUUCGACGAGCCUUCCCAGCGAGAUCGACGAAAGGCCCUGGGAAUCGGACCACGAGAACGAAAACAUCCCACAGGACGCGCCGAACCCGGUGCAACAGGGCCCCGCGGCAGCGGGGGUCAAGCGGAACCGGGUCCUGACCCCGGUUAAGGAUAACCAGAAGCAGCCCGAGAGCGAGAACAACGCGUGGCAGUCGCUCGGGUUCAGCGCGAGUCCGCUGAGCUUCCCGAAGGAAGGACCCCCCCGCGGGAAGGGGAUGUUCAUGGCAGUGCUCGAGGCGGCUGCCGCAAAGGAGAGCGGGAAGGGAUCCCCCGUUAAGGGGGGAAGCCCCCAAAUGAAAGUCGAGCCGAAACGGCAGCGGAGGCUGCGCGUGUUUGAGGAAAUCGCGCAGGAAGGGAUGUAAAUGGAGGGUUUCCUACGGGGCGAGAAUCGCCCCCCGGAAAAGGGGAGGGGGCGGAAGAGUGACCCCCAACAUUAUGGUGGUUAGAAAGUCCGAGAGGAGAGACGGAGUUGACGUUGUCGGGGCUCCAGCAAAACACGGAAUUGUUCGGAUUGUAGGCUGCUCCUUUUGUAAAACUGUCGCUUCGAACGGGUGUCGUAGGGUCGCAAGACUGCCUAGAGUAUAGGGACCGGACCGCUUGAGGUUUAGGACGGUCGCGUCGUUGCGCACCUUUUUUGGUUCCUUCCUAGUUACUUCGUACUGUCUAGACUGAGCAUAGCAAAAACGGACUGCCUUUGCGCGCGACUGUCUCAGUCGCGUAAUCUGCUAGCAAUCGGUAUCCUGAGGGCAAAUCAUUUUUCGGGUAUAGGAACACUGACACUGCUGAGAAACGCUAUCAUGUAGAGUUGACGGUCCACCGACAUUCCUUGCUUUGCGUGUAGAAAUCGAACAGAACAUCCUUGGUGGUCAUUGAUCACGCCUUACUCGUCAUUGUUUGAUCAUCGGUUUGCAAUGGUCUAAGACGCAAGAGUCUACAGGCUUUUCACUCAUUAGAUGUGUUGCUGCAACAUUCAACGCAAGUGUCGCCAGGGAAAAUUGUGAAGGC